UUCCGUGUACGGCCGGUGGUGAAGAGAUGGCUGCUCCUGUCCCGUGGGCCUGCUGUGCUGUGCUCGCUGCCGCUGCUGCCGUGGUCUACGCCCAGAGACACAGUCCUCAGGAAGCACCCCACGUGCAGUAUGAGCGCCUAGGUUCAGAUGUGACUCUGCCAUGUGGGACAGCAAACUGGGAUGCAGCAGUGACAUGGCGGGUAAAUGGGACAGACCUGGCCCUUGACCUGCUCAACGGCUCUCAGCUUGUGCUCCAUGGCUUGGAACUGGGCCAUAGCGGCCUCUACGCCUGCUUCCACCGUGACUCUUGGCACCUGCGCCACCAAGUCCUCCUACAUGUGGGCUUGCCGCCGCGGGAGCCCGUGCUCAGCUGCCGCUCCAACACUUACCCCAAGGGCUUCUACUGCAGCUGGCAUCUGCCCACCCCAACCUACAUCCCCAACACCUUCAAUGUGACUGUGCUGCAUGGCUCCAAAAUUAUGGUCUGUGAGAAGGACCCAGCCCUCAAGAACCGCUGCCACAUCCGCUACAUGCACCUGUUCUCCACCAUCAAGUACAAGGUCUCCAUAAGUGUCAGCAAUGCCCUGGGCCACAACGCCACAGCUAUCACCUUCGACGAGUUCACCAUUGUGAAGCCUGACCCUCCAGAAAAUGUGGUAGCCCGACCGGUACCCAGCAACCCUCGCCGGCUAGAGGUGACUUGGCAGACCCCUUCGACCUGGCCUGACCCUGAGUCCUUUCCUCUCAAGUUCUUUCUGCGCUACCGACCCCUCAUCCUGGACCAGUGGCAGCAUGUAGAACUGUCAGAUGGCACAACACACACCAUCACAGAUGCCUAUGCCGGGAAGGAGUACAUCAUCCAGGUGGCGGCCAAGGACUAUGAGAUUGGGACGUGGAGUGACUGGAGUGUGGCUGCUCAUGCCACGCCCUGGACUGAGGAGCCACGACACCUCACUACUGAGGCCCAGGCCCCGGAGACCACGACCAGCACCACCAGCUCACUGGCACCCCCACCCACCACGAAGAUCUGUGACCCUGGGGAGCUGGGCAGCGGUGGAGGACCCUCAGCACCCUUCUUGAUCCAUGUCCCUGUAACUCUGGCCCUGGCUGCUGCUGCUGCCACUGCCAACAGUCUCCUGAUCUGAGCCCGGCAUCCCGUGAGGACAUGCCAGCGCACCUGCAGAGGAGCAGGAGGCCGGAGCUGAGCCCGCAGACCCCAGUUUCUAUUUUG